CCGCCGCAGUCGAAAAGAGCAGCUCUUCGUGUUCGGCAAAGGAAGACGAGUUUGCCGUGCGUCAACGCCGUCAAUGUACAGCAAAGUAAGCAAAAGCAUCAGCAGCAGCAGCAUUGGCAGCAGGAUCGGAGACGGUGAGAAAGCUAAAAGAGAAGCAGCAAGAGUAAAGAAACGCUGUUCGUUUUAAUGGCUGCCUUUGAAAUUGUGCUGAAUCGUUGUGAAAAAGUGAAUUAAUCUGUGAAAAACUGUUUUGUGUUCGGUGGAAGAGAUCUGCAAAAGUUUGACGGCAAAGUGCGCUAUCGAUUGUGGGUGUUUUUCAUCGGAAAAAAGCUCCUUUGGAGAUAUUUGUAGAAUAAUUAAAAUGGUUAAUCCGGUGAAAUAAUCGAUAACCCUAUGCAAUGGACAGUUCCGGCAGUAAUCAUCCCCCAGGUCCUCUGGGUGGGGAAGGCAAACCGGAUGUCGAAGGUGACGUUGGACCUCCAUCGACGGGAAUACCUCCGAUGCAUCCGGGAGCUACACCUUCUCCCGGUGGCCACUAUGCUCAACAUUACGGCUAUGGGGCCCCACCCACAAUGAUAGAUCAUCAUCAUGCGAAGGAUCCCUAUUAUCAUCAUGCGGCAGCAGCCGCGGCCGCUGCGUCCCGCCAUUACGACCCGUACGCCAUGCAUGCUCCGUACCAUUCGUACCAACAUUCAUACCAUCAUCAACCGCCGUACGGUGGUCAUGCUGCUUAUCACCAUCAGACAGCUGCUGCCAGUGGUUAUCCGCCGGUGAGUAGCCAUCACUCUCUGAUACCACCAACAGCAGGCUAUCCUGCAUAUCCCAAUAGUAGCCAGAAUACAUCAGUUCCACCACCGGCCGCUUCAAUUUCCGCACCUACGGGAUUUCACAAAUCUCCGGAAAAACUUUCACCCCCAUCUUCCGUCGAGACGAAGACUGUUUCAAUUCGAGACGACAAGAAUAUGCUGAUUGGGCCCAGCUGUGCAGGGCAGGACACCACCGAUAGCGCUUCAGGGAUUCCUCCCAAGCGGAAAAUAGAAAUAUUAGAUAACGUGCUGAUUAAAAAAUCAAAACAAGAACUGGAAGCUGAAAAGCGGGAAAAUUACCCUUCUCCAUCCAGCUUACCGUUAGAUCCACCGCCGGUGGUAACAGUCUCCUCCCCAGUCACUCCAGUCUGCAGCAGCGUCACUGCCAACGAUGCAAGUAAAUCUUCCUUUCAGAUAUCGAAUCUGCUUGAUGACAAACCUUCAAAGCCAGACUCGACACCGCCGCAGAUUCAAAGAUCUACGCCUCCACGCACACCACAACCAUUACCGCCAGUUGAGUCCCAAGAGGAUGCACCAACGGAAGAACAUAAGGAACCACCAGUAAAAGAAGAAAAACUACCUUCUCCUUCUGCGCCAAAACCCGAGCAGGAACCAAUCCGAGCUGCUUCACCACCCGUGGAAGCGCCUCCUCCAGAUAAGAAGGAAACAGAGGAGAGUGAUCCAUUAGCGUUGCCGUUGAAGCCACCAACCGAACCAGAGGAACCGGUAGCUACCCAGGCCAGUGGAUCGCAGCAGAUGGAUUUCGAUAUUUCCGAAAAACUGAAAGAAAUGGGUGAAAUUAGCGUCAAGCCGGUUUCCAAAACGGAUGCCAGUAGCAGUAGAGCGAAGGAGCUCGAAUGUACCGAAGAGAUUUCGUUGGAAAUCACGAAAAAGGACGCAGCAAUGCGCAAGGUGUCAAAUCUGCGAAAAAACAUCAAGGAGGUCAUGGACGAUAACCAAUUGGACGCGUCAACGUUAGCUGCUCAGCGGCAGGAGUUGGAGCGAUUGGCUCGCGUUCAGGAACAACAACGAAUAAUUCGAGAAGUGCAAAGGCAAUUAGCACUGGAACGGCAGACUAACAAAACGGAGCAAAAGGUGAUGCAGUUUUUGCAGGGCCAUGCUUCAAUUUUGAAAACCCAGCAGCCGGGUACUUCCACACCGGUGAGGGUAGGCUACGUGAAGAACCCAUUCGAAACACGUGGCAGACCUCCGAAAGCUCGUCCGAUUCAGACCAAUUUGACUCCAUCGGUGAGUAUCGCUCCAGUAAAGGCUUCUACAGGCAGUGGAGCUUCAUCGCUUUCUGCACAAAUUCCUUCAAUACCGGUUCGGGCGUUUGAUGAUAUGAUCGAUAGUGAAGAGGACUACGAUGACGAGGAUGAUGAGGAUGAGGACAGUGAAGCGGAGAUUUUGCCGCCCCCAGAGAAGAAAGAGGUAGUGACGAUCGAUUCCUCAUCGGACGACGAUUGUAUCGUCCUGUCCGAUGACGAAGAGGAACCGGAGGAUGAUUCGGACGAUGAUCCACAAAAUAGUGGGCUGCACGUGAAUGACUCGUACAAUGUUCCGGAUGAACAGGGUCGAGUAGUGAUAAACGUUGGUCAUGCUGACGGCGAGGAGGAUAUCUUUCUUGCUCCACAGAUUGCCAGGAUCAUAAAGCCGCAUCAGAUUGGCGGUGUUCGUUUUCUAUUUGACAAUAUCAUCGAGUCGAUUGAACGGUAUGACACUUCGACCGGAUUCGGUUGCAUUCUAGCCCAUUCGAUGGGUCUUGGGAAAACAUUGCAGUUGGUCUGCUUCUGUGAUAUAUUUUUAAGACACACGAGCUCCAAGACGGUGCUAAUCAUCAUGCCCAUCAAUACGCUGCAGAAUUGGUUAAACGAAUUCAAUACCUGGUUGCCGGAAGAUCCGGAAACAAGUGCCAUGAAAAAUCAUGGGGAGGUGAGAUCGAGAAACUUUAAAAUUUUUAUUCUGAACGACAGUCAUAAAACGCUCAAGUCCCGCGCCAAGGUUGUACUGGAAUGGGCUAAAACCGGAGGUGUUUUGCUGAUUGGGUACGAGAUGUAUCGGUUACUGAGCCAGAAAAAGAUGACUAAGAAAAAGAAGAAAAAAAAAGGUGAAUCAACUGUCGCUGAGGAGGAGAAAGAAUCUACCGAAGAGCAGAAGAAUAUGUUUGACGAGAUCCACGAAGCGUUGGUGAAGCCUGGACCCGAUUUAGUUGUGUGCGACGAAGGUCAUCGAAUCAAGAAUUCGCAUGCGAGCAUUUCGGUCGCACUGAAGCAAAUAAAAUCCAAACGACGAAUUGUUCUGACUGGAUAUCCAUUGCAGAACAAUUUACUAGAAUAUUGGUGCAUGGUAGACUUUGUUCGGCCAAAUUAUCUCGGAACAAAGACUGAAUUUAGUAACAUGUUUGAGCGUCCCAUCCAGAAUGGUCAGUGCAUCGACUCCACUCCGCAGGACAUCAAACUGAUGCGUUAUAGGGCUCACGUGCUACAUUCUCUGCUAUUGGGUUUUGUGCAACGUCGAUCUCACUCUGUUUUGCAGACUAGCUUGCCACAAAAAGAGGAGUACGUUUUGCUGAUUCGCAUGACCGAGUUUCAGCGUAAAUUAUACUCGGUUUUCAUGAAUGAAGUUGUGCGAACGAAGGCAGUUCCGAACCCAUUAAAAGCCUUCGCCGUUUGCUGCAAAAUUUGGAAUCACCCGGAUGUUUUAUAUAAUUUCCUGAAACAAAGCGAGCGCGAUCUGGACCUGGAAAUAGAGGAAGCUGAGCCAGCAACACCUGUAAAGAAACCUCCGGUUGUUUUGGGCACCCCUCCGCAGCCAGUUAAAACUCCCGCAGCACUACCCGCUCUCCCCGCACCUGUUCCAGUUCCUGUUCCUGCUCCUGUUCCUGAGAAAAAGAAAGAGGAAAAGGAGAAGAAAAAACCCGGUAAGAAACCCUCUGCUCCAAAACCUCCAAAGCCGUUGGCAUUAAAAAAAGAUGGAACACCUCGAAAGCCUAGAACUACCAAAAAGGAGCUUGCAAUGAAAAGUCAAGCCAUUGGGAAGGACGGUAAGAUGGUACCAGCUGCUACUGUUAGUCCUAACACCACACAAAAAGAUCCACCACCACCGGAGACAGGAGAUAUCGCUCCAGCUCCCGAAACGCCCGUUAAAACUGAACCGGAUCCAAAUGCGGUCAAACAAGAAUACCCAGCCUAUUCACCGCAUCAGGCUAACAUGUAUCCCGGCUAUCAAAAUCAGCAAGGAUAUCAACCGGUUCCACCGGUCGCUCCACCAGUUGCCCCGUACAAUUACAAUCAAGGCUCAAUGAAUCAGGACCCGAACAAUUUCAACUAUGGAAAUCAGUACCCAUCCGGCGAUCCAUACCAAAACUAUGGCAAUAACUACUACGGUCGUAACGAUUACAACUAUAAUCAAGGUUACGGCGGCUAUGGAUACGAUCAGAACUAUCAAAACAAUUACUCAUCAAAUAAUUAUCAGAAUUCAAACUAUUGGGGCAACAAUAACUAUUAUCAACAGCAACCAAACAAUUAUAAUGGAAAUUACUACGGCAAUACCAACCAAUAUGGUUAUCCCGAGCAGCAGCAGCAACCCCAACAGCAGCCAAUGGAUCAACAGUACAACCAGUAUGGAACACCGCCUGGUUCACAGCAACAAUCGACGCCAAUGGAACAGGAACAGAAAUGGGACCCCGCUCAGAUGGCUCCGGUCGAUCCUAACAUGUACCAGCAACCGCAAACUACGGAACCCGUGCCAGGUGCUCCCGUUGAUCCCGCCGUUACCCAACAGCAAGCCAACGCACAGUUCGCUGAUCAACCUUCGCUUGAAGAUCUCAAAGAACCGGUCAAGCCGAUGGAAGUCAAAGAGGAAAAACCUACGGAGAUAGUCGAUAUGGAUACCAAGCUUAUAACGAAGGUCGAGGAGAUCAAAAAGGAAAUUAAGACAGAAGUGAAAACGGAAAUCAAAACAGAGCCCGGACUCGACAACAGUAACGUUUCGAAGGAAGCCAAACUAGAAGAUGUUAAAACGGAGGGGAACGUAAAGUCGGAAACAUUAGAUGACCAGGAAGUUACAAAAAGUGUCGUUGAUACGCCUGUGAGUGAUUGUCAGAAAACAGAAAAUAACAAAGAGACAACCGAUGCGAAGCAAGAAGUCGAUGAAGCUAAACUGAAAGACGAAUUGUUAAAGAUCGAAGAUGAGUGCAAAGCGAAAGAAACGAAAGAUGGUGUUAAGGAAGGCAGCAACAAAACCGCAAAUGGCAAAGAUAAGGACAAGGACAAAGAUGAAAUCCCGUAUGAAUGGGCGUUCGAGCUGAUGAAGGGUUAUGUGCCCGAUCUAAUGGAGAGUUCACCGAAGAUGGAGAUCUUUUUCCACAUUCUAGUGGAGAGCAUCAAGCUCGGUGAUAGGAUGUUGGUCUUCAGUCAAAGUUUGCUGACACUAAAUCUAAUUGAACGGUUUCUGCAGAAGCAUAAAAUUCCCGGCACUGAGAACCAUUGGGCAAAGAACUCUAGUUACUACCGUUUGGACGGUUCAACAGCCGCCCAGGAACGGGAGAAGCUCAUAAACGAGUUCAACUCUAAUCCGAAUAUUCAUCUCUUUCUGGUAUCAACACGAGCGGGAUCGCUCGGUAUUAAUUUGGUCGGUGCCAACCGGGUAGUGGUAUUCGAUGCCAGUUGGAAUCCUUGCCAUGACACGCAAGCCGUCUGUCGAGUUUACCGGUAUGGUCAGAAGAAACCGUGUUUUGUGUAUCGACUAGUGAUGGACAAUUGCUUGGAGAAAAAGAUUUACGAUCGGCAGAUCAACAAGCAGGGUAUGAGCGAUCGCAUCGUGGAUGAAUGCAAUCCGGAUGCUCAUUUGUCGAUGAAGGAAGUGACUAGUUUGUGCUACGAUGAUGGCGAAGAGAGUGAAGUGAAGGACUUUAGCGAUGAAAAAGACAAGUUCAUCGAUGUGGUGAUGCAGAGUAUGCUGGAAGUUUACUCAAAGCAGCUUACGAAGGCUCCGUUUGCCCACGAGAGUUUGCUUAUCGAUCGAAAGGAAAAGAAACUUUCGUCCGCCGAGAAACGACAGGCUCAACGAGGCUAUGAGCUGGAGAAGCAAGCUGCGACCAAACCAAGCUACUCGUACACUUCUAUGGGAACGACUUAUCGGGCAAUUAGAACCCCUGAUGGGUCGAUUAUUCAUCGGCCGGUAGCUUCGGUGCGUCCCAUGCAGGCUGGCGACUCUGGUAAGAAUGCAAUAGGCGGCAAUCGACCUACACGAUGGAUUCCGGCUGAAGUGUGGCAGAGGCAGGGUAUGACUGCUCAAGAGAUGACGCUUCCGAUUGAUGUUGUCAUUCCGACAAGUUCAGCGGACAAGUCGAAUAUUGUGUUGAAAGCGGGUCAAAAGGUAAUGGUGCUGAAAUCUCCGAAAGGUAUUUACAUGCAGCUAGAAACGGGUAAAAUAAUUGCCAUCCGAACGGCUUUCAAAGUUGGUCAGAAUAAGGAUGGUGGUGCAAAGGGCGCGGGUCCUCUAACUUCGGCUACUGUAGCUGGGCGUAGGGCAAGUGUGACUUCUACUGCUACGAAAGCAUCCGCUGGGUUGGCCUUGAAGCUUGGCGGUGGCGAUUGUUCGGAAGGAAAUUCACUGAGCAUUCCUUCCAACUCUGACGAUGAGGAGAAAUCCGAUUCUAGUAUUGUUCCUUUAGAUCCAGACAGUGAGCGGGAUUCUAUGAACGUUGACGAUUAUCCUGAGAAGGGUGAAAUCGUAGAUUGUGACAUGAAGAGUGAUGAGCUAGAAGAAGGUGAGAUUCGUGAUGGAAUGGUUGGGUGCAGGAGAAAAAAGAUUCCACUGGCUAGUGUUGCUUCUUUUUCAAAUGCUGCGGUAGCAGGUGGUCUUGCUGAUCAUGGCACCAAAUUUCCCAUGAUACAGUCGGCUUAUUCACUCGCUCCUCAAAAACAAGGUUCUACUAAAAACUUCCAGCAAGCUGGCAAUCAUAUUCCAGUUCCUAGCCAACAGCAACCACCGGCAACAGUUACAAUAGAGGAUGAAAUUCCGCCUCUUCGUGAAAAAGUAGUUUAUAAACCAAAUUUGGUUGAGAGAAAAUCCAAAGUUUCACAGUCAUCGCUCAAAAACUACAGACACAAGGCGGGAAAAGCACCGGACGGUUCUGCUCCGACAAAAAUGCCACCCGAUGAUUGUAAUUCAAAUCACCAUUCAUCAGCUCCGUCAAAUCAAAGUGCAGCUCAUUCUGUUCCUGUCGUGGAACCCAAGCAAAGUAUUCCCACAACAGCACAAAUAGCAACGACACCUGCCACUGAUACUCAUCAUUAUUCAACAACAAACAGACAGCAGGCUCCAUCACAUCAGCUUCCACAGCAAAAUCAGCAACAGUAUCCACAAUCUCCUGCGUAUCCUUCUCACCAUCAACAAUCAAGUUAUGGUGUGUCAAAUUCUUCCUCAGUCGCUUCUGGAAAGAAUCCUAUUCUCCACCAGCCGCAACACAUGCACUCAUCAUCAUACGGAACGUCGCAUAAACAGCAGCAACCUGCUGUCUCAACACAUACUCAACAACAACCGUCAUGGAACCCCUAUACUGGUACCUCUAGUACCGCUACCUACUACGGUUCCCAAUCGCAUGCCCCGCCGCCACCUCCUCCAUCGCAAUACGAGUCAAGUCUCAACUUUCUGGAGAAAACGACUUCUGCUCUUAUCAACAAUCAAAAUCAGAAUGAGUUUCAGACCUGUCUGAGUAACAUAACCCGGUCCCCGACUCCCACCGAUAAUUUCAUGGAGUAUCAACCAAAGGCGGUCUCCGCUGCUUCGGGGGGAAAGAAAUCCGCGGCCAAAAAGCCUUCGAAGCAACCGAAGAACGAUUACCAAGCGGCAAAGAAGGCACUCAGUAAACGCAACAACCCAUCGCCCUAUCAUCCGGUAUCGUCAUCCUCGGCGUCCUCGUCACCUUCGCCCUCGCCCGCCGUGGUGAUGAACCACAGUCAAAACAGUAACAGCAGUUCACUUAGCGGCUCUGCCACUCCGGUAUCCUCACAGCAGCACACACUGCCGGCAGCAACCGUCAACAGUACCGGAGCUUACUCCGCUUACCCGCCCCAGGUCUCUACCGCCACCGGUUACUACGAUCAGUAUUCGCAAUCGCAAAUGUACCCCCAGCAAACUCCUCCGCCUCCGCAAACCUCACAAGCCACUACAGCAGCACCUCAUGCUCCGGGUGGAAUGUACGGCGGAAUGACGAUGCCGCCACAACAGCAUCAGCAGCCGUACGGAGUAGGAGCUCCGGUGUCCUCGUCAUUCAAUGGUACACCGUACGUAUCCCCUAGUAUCAACCAAACAUCAACCGCGAAUCGUUCUAACUAUUAUCAGCCGCCAUCUUCGGCUGCAUCCUCAACGGUUACGACAAUGAACUCAUCGACUGUACCGACCGAUUCAUCUAACUAUUACCAUCAGCAGUCCACCAGUUUGUCACAGCCUCCACCACAACCGCAGCAACCACCCCAUCAGCAGCUCCCGCCAUCUCCAGUUCAGCACCAAGUGAGAAGUCAUUCUCGUGGAUCGUCGUCCCACAGCUAUGGGUCUUCAGCUCCCGUUUCAGCUCAAAAUCAGCAGCAUUCUCAAACCUAUUUGACAACCCCAGCUAUUUCUAAUUCGCUCGAAACUGCUUCUACUUACCAACAGCUGCAGCCAAGCUCGGCUGGUGCUCCCUCUUUUACGCCCUACACUUCCUACACAACAUCCGCUACAAGCGGUGCCCCUUGCACGACUCAAACCGUCAGCUCCAAUGGCUCGGCUUUCCAUCGGCCUGAAACUGCAGCAAUUCCUGGUCUUCCAGCAGCCGUGACUAGCAGCAAUCCCGCUACCGGUAGUCCUGGAGCAGGCGGUUAUGAGACUCCUCCCACCUACAUCCCGGAGAGUGGAGCUAACCCCUACCAGUAUCCUUAUCAAGCGGCCUCGCAGUAUCAAACUCAAGGCUACUAUCCGCCUCCAGCGUAUCCCUAUUAUCCGGCAGCUGCAGCUGCCCCCUAUCCUGCAACAGAUCCUCAGUAUCACUCGUACCCACCUCCGCCACCACCUUCCAACUAUAAUUAUCCACCAUAUCCUAGUCAGCCGGGUGUUGGACAAUGGCAGUAAACGCACUGUAAUAUUAACUCUAGGGGCUGAAAAUGCUGCUCUCUAAUUUUCGAAACGAUUGCUGAAGAUUGUGCUUCCGAUAUAUUUUUUUCCUUGGGAAAGUUUUUGUUCUAUGUUCCUUUUUUUUAUUUGAAAAGUGUUUAUAUAUUCUAAUGGAAAACUUUUUUCGUGCCUAGAAUUGUGAAUUAGUAUCAUGCUCUCUGUGUCUAUAUUGUACUCAAAAUAUAGUUUUUUCGUUUUAUUUUUUGUAGAUAGACCACACGUUCCUAAUAAAAUUUUAUAAAAUAUUUUGUUUCUGUCUUGGAGCAAACACUGGCAAACUGCAAAAAAACGGUAAUAUUUUGUUAGCAGCCUAAGAAAAAAAGUCGCCGUUAGAAAUUAGAUUUUUAAAUAUAUGAGCAAGAUAAACUAUACCAUGAUUAUUAAGAAGCAACAUUAAAAGUGAACGAAUAUUCUGCAGGUUAAAGUUUCAACAGUGCAGAUGCUGUCAGCCCCUGUUGAUGUCCCGUAGGCAAAAUUGAGAAAUCUGUGACAAAACGUAAAAAUUUACAAACCUUCUGUUGUACAUUGAACAAGUCGUUUGAAUUUCUGUCAAUCUUAACUUAAAAAUUUACACGUUUUGUUUCAACAUCUGCACUGCCGCUCAUGGCAAGUCCGUCCCAAUUGCAUUUUUAUCAAUUUUGAGUUUAUUUAUGGAAUCAAUUCCUUUUUAUGUCUACUUUCGAUAGAACAAAUAUUUUUGAAUACUUCGUUCUGAGGAACUAUGAAAAAAAUAGCAAGUCGGUUUGUCCCAUAGCAAGAGUGAUCGCAAGUCGGUCCCAUUGCAAAAAUCUUCGCAAUUUAACCCCACAGCCAAUAAUGGAUAUGGAAAAUGUGAUAUUUACCACAACUUAUGGUCUUCAGGUUUAGAAUUGGAUGUACCAAGUGAUAUUCGAUAGGAGGUUUGAUUGAAUUUUACACGUUCUACAUCGUGUGGCUCUAGCUGAUAGUACAAUGUUUUCUUCAAGACAAAGUUUCCACCAGUAGCUUCUUUCAGCUGUUGGUUGUUGACAAUCAACGCUUCAGGUGUGUCACUGUAUUGUUAGUUAAAGCAUUCUUGAGUAAAUACUACUUUUCGUAUUUUAUCCGUAUUUUAUGUAAAGACGUGGGCCAGAAUUGUAACAUUAUUGUCGUGAAUUUCGUUUUGAAGAAUUUGUUAGUCAUAUCAAAUACUUCGGUACGCUACUUAGCUGUUUUUUAACGGAGCAAACAUUUUCCUAAGCUAUAUUUGUUCUUUCAUAUUUGCUUCCACUGCUACGUUGAAGCUGUCCGCCGUCACGACCGUGUGACCGCUCUCAGGAAAAUUUAGAAUAAGUUACCUACACUGAUUUCGAAUUUAUCAGUAGUAUCAAAUGUAAAAACAAAAUCUAAUUUUAUUCUGAGCGGCGCAGUUGGUACAUUAUGUUAUGCUUCUCACAAAAAACUUGUUUAAUAAGACACGUGAGAAGGUCAUUUAUGAAUUGACCAGCGAUGGAUUCAUACCAUACGCAAGCUAUAGCACCGCCAUCGAUUUGCAGUAGUUUGUUUUUCAUCACCGGUCGUAGCCGGCUAUGGGACUGACUUGCUAUCAUUCUGGCUACGUACCGUAAAAGUAAUCGCAUGUGAGUCCCAGCUUAUGAUUUUCAACAAAUUUUAGUCAAAUUUCGGUGUUUAUACAAGUUUUAUGAUGUAAAAGUGUUAGAUUGUCAUUGCAGUACUAAUUUCUGUUGAUGGUUUUGAUUGAAAAAGCAUUUGAGUGCCAAAUUCCACCCAAAGCGUUUCGAUUUUCAAUUGCUGUUUUCUCGUCAGCACCAAAACGCAAAUGGGACGGACUUGCUAUGAGCGGCAGUGCAGUACUUUUGAUUAGCCAAUCAAUGGUCACUUUGCGAUCGAAGUACAUAUGUUUAUACUGCUACAACAUUUAGUAUUUUUGUUCGUUCACUAAAACAUCUGCGCAAAUCGAAUUGACGAACGCAUUAAAACACCCAUCCAAACCGUGCAAUGACUUUUUGUUGAAUCUGAGUUGUCUAUGUAAAUUUUGUUUACUCUAUUGUUUUAGGUUUUAGAUAUUUAAUAACGAAAGAAGAACAGUAGCUGUGCUUCUCGCUAGUGCUGAAAGUAUGGCACAAUAAAUCAAUAAAUAACACUAUCCCGCAAAUAAUAACAAAUAUAGACAUUGAAUUGUCGACUGCAUUGAAACUAAACGAAAUAUAUUGCAACUAAUAAAAAAAUUAGUGGCAGUGCUUCAACGUAGAACAAUUAAAGUUUAUUCCUAACAAGAAUACAAAAGAAAUACACAUGUCACACCACAAUAAGUAAAAACAAUGCAGUGAGUGUUUAAAUCGAAAAAUACAGACGUUUUAUCUAAUUACCUACAACAUAAUGUUAGACCGCAUGCAAGUGUAGCGAUUAGCAACUAUCAUAAUUUAUUAGCCACACAUACAAUAGAAGUUAGAACUAAACUUUUUCGAAGCUGCAUUGCAGGACAGCGAUGAGAAAACAAAGCAUUUAAACUGAAAAAAAUCGUCGUUUUUAAGCAUACCUAGUGCUAAAUGUGACAAGCUGCAAACAAGCAACUUUACAACCAUUUAUCCCAAUUGACGUUUAGAAUAUCAAAAAAAGAAAUUACCACUGCUAAUUAUCACUAGUAAUUACCCACAUUUACCAAACCGAACAACAAUAACAGCUGUCUGUUGAGAACAUAAAGUGAAAAAAAACUUCAACAUUUGACCUAACGCAAAACAUUUCGAAGCCGUGUUUUAUUUGCCAUUGUUUCAGUUAAAAUAACGUUUCAGUUUCACUAGUGUGAUUGUGUCUGGAAAACCGCGCAGUAAAAAACGGACGAGAUUCGAAUGAUGAUUUAAAGUAUUCUUUCGUAUAAUUUUGUUAUUACUACAUGAGAAAGCGCACCGUUUAGUAGGUAUUGCUAUGCUGAAUGUUCGUUGUACAAUGUAAUCGAAUCGAUGAAAGGAAGUUGGCCUGUGGGUAAGCGCGUAACUAGCUAAGCCGGCGUGAUUCGGCGUACGCGGAUGAGUGCGUGUAGAAACGUGGUAUGAUUAUUUUAAUCAGUACAGCAUAUGAAUUAACUGAUAUCGACUACAAUAAAACAUUAACACGAUAAUAGAGUAAAAAUGUAUUACAAAGUAUUUCAAAGAACUAUGGUAAA